AUGUCAUCGGUCUUUAUGUACUUGAGCUGCCUGAGCCUCUUCCUCAUGACCCGGAAAGAUCUGUCGCGCCCCUUCAGCCUGAUUGCCUGCUUGGUGACAUUCAUAGCUGGCAGUGCCUACCUGGGCAUGGCCAAUGGAAUUCUGGUGCGUGUGGUGGAUGGCAGGAAGGUCUACUGCCUUCGUUACGUCGACUGGUGCCUGACCACAGCUUUGAUGCUGCUAGACCUGGCAAUGAUGCGAGGUGCCAACAUGAAGGCGACGGCUAUGCUGAUGGGCAUUGACAUGGCCAUGAUUUCGAUGGCCCUUAUGGCCGCCAUGAGCCCGGAAGAGGAUGGAAAGUGGCAUUUCUUUGGCUUGGGCUGCGUUUGCUUCGCGUGCAUGGUCUCCUUCCUCUUUACCUCGCUGCAGCGCGCAGCAGAGGAGCGAGGUGGAGAUGCACAGAGGAAGUUCAAGUUCGUGGCUACACGGACAGUUGAGCUUUGGUGCUUGUAUCCUGUCAUCUUUGCCCUUGGUGAGCUAACGCACACCAUCCCUGAAGAAUUGGAAAUCAUUGGCUACGCAGUUGCUGAUGUCAUGGCAAAGACCGGGAUACCGAUGAUGAUUUGGAUUUGGUCAAUCUUUGAAACAAAGGCAUUGCCAACAAUUCUUACAAGUGAGAAGGAGGCCCUGGGUUCCAUUGUGGAAUGA